UUCGUUGAGAAAUCUCGGCGCCAUGGAACCGGCGCACUUGCUCGUCGUAUAUUUUCUCGCCGCUCUCAGCGCGAGCGUACUGCUGGCGCAGGGCAAAGACGAGGCUGGUGUCACCGAGGACGCGAUCACCGAGGACCAACGAAAAGUACAUCAAGAAUGCCGGAAUCCGGACUACAAGCAAUACGUGAAGUGUUUAAUGAGACCGAAGAGGCAUCAUCGCGGCGACGUGCCGUCAGAAACUGAUCUUUGUUGGGAUACGUGUCUGAACAAGUGCGAUCACCGCUUGGAACACGACUGCGAAAAGAAAUGUGGCCACUGCACAAAGAGAAUCAGAUACAAGCAUCAGUAUAUUACAGAAUACGAAAGGGAAUGUGAGGAAGGAGGGAAGUGCGUUGCAGUCAAUGAUAGACUAAGAACUACUAAUAUAACAACAAACAUCGGCAUCAAGAAUGUCAUUAAUACCUAUGAACCGAUUGAUGGAAAUGGAAACGGAAAUGGAAACGGAAAUGGAAAUGGAGAUGGAACUGUUUCCCCACCUAUAGAUCGUCCUCCCAAGUUGCAGUUCCCAUCGUUAACUAUAAUACCUCAAAUCUCAUUGGUACCGCAAAUUACGUACGGAAUAGGAGCUGCAGGUGGGUGCGCGUAUAAUCAGUGGCUUUGCACCCAACAAACCAACGUUCAGAUUCCAAAAAAGCUUGAUUGUUCUGGAUGCGGUAGUCCUGUUCUACGCUACGCGUGUGACGUAAAGUGUUACGAAAUUCACGCCAACACAACGACCAAGCCAACAACGCCUUGAAAGACUCCGCCAUGUGUUGGUGGUCCACGUCAUUCUGUCACGAAUCUGUCUGAAAGCAGCUAAAUGCAGAGUGCAGAACACUGAACGCAGAACUUUCACGAUCAUGAUCAUGAUCGCUUACAUGAUUUACACUUGAGUAACCCAUAGCUCAUGUUAAUAGCAAUAAUAUUGAUUUCUCGACAAAAAACUUGUAACUAUAAUUAACAUAAAAUAUAUAGCUUUUAUCAUAUGAAGCGAUCCUUUAAGCUCGCUGACGUAUAUAAUUGUGUAAUACCAGUUUCUUAAGUUCGUGAAAUAAAGACGACGUUACAUUCCUUUUACAAA